GCGUUGGCUGUCAUUGUCAUUUUACCGGAAAUUUGUUCGCCACCCCUUUUGGAAGACGCGCUAAGACGCGAUUGCCGGCUAUUUUAUUUGUAACGAAUUGUUAGCUAGUGUUAUUUGUACAAAUAAAAGUGAAAAUGGCGCCACGUACAGCAAAAGCUAAGAAAACAGCAGACGUAAAAAUUUCUGAAAGUGAUGCGCCAAAGAAAGGUCGAGGUAAACCCAAAAAUAUUACAGAGCCUGAACCUGAAGUAGAUUCAGUUGAUGAGAAGAUUAUUACCACAGAAAAGAAAAACAAACGAGGGAAAAAUAUUGUCAAUUAUAAUGAAGAUAAAGAUGAAGCCCCCCCUGCAAAGAAAGGUAGAAAAAAGAAUGUAGUAAAUGACGAACCUGUGGAAAAUGAGGCUGUUUCUGCAAAUGGCGACUCGGCCGAAGAAGGUUCUGCUGGUGAUGAUGUAGAAGAAACUGAAUCUAACAGCCCUUCAGAAGAAAAAGCUCCUGCAAAGGGUCGUAAGAAGGCUGCAAAAAAAGAACCAGUGGAAAAGGAAGUUAAGCCUAAAGAAACUGGUAGGGGCAAGAAAAAUGCUAAACAGGGAGCAGAUGGUGAUAAAGAGGAGGCUGUUGAUGAAAAACCAAAAGGUAGAGGUAGAGGACGAAAACCGCAAGCAAAGCCUGAACCAGAGAGUGAGGAAAUACCUGAAGAGGAAGAAACAGUUUCAAAUGCACCAAAAGGUCGAAAAAAGGCUCAACCAAAACUUACCCCUGACAAAGAAGAUGACAAUGAAAGCGAGGACUUAUCAGCCGAAAAUAAAGAUGAGGAACAAGAAAAGGUAGAAGAGCCCAAAAAGAAAGGACGUAAAAAUCCGCCAAAAAAAAUUCAGACUAAAGAAGUGCAAGAGGAACAAGAUGAAGAGAUGAUAGAGGAAGCCCCUUCCAAAAAAAGAAAAGGUGCUAAAAAAGAAGAAAAGGGAAAAGAUGAAUCAAAGGAAGAAGAAGAAGACGAUGAAGAAAGUCUUCCUGAAGCUAAACCUGUAAAAGGUAAGCGAGGACAAAAAAAGGCUGCAGAGAAAUCUGCCAACACUGAAGAGGUGCAAGAUACGGGUGAACCGACCACAAAACGUCGGCGAAAGGUCGACGAAAAGGUCACUGAAGAUAAUAAAAAGAAAACACCCAAAGGUGUAACCGAUUAUGAGUCUUUGGAUUUCACCAACAACUCUAAAAAUUUACAAGAUAAAGACUGGAAUUUAAAAAUAGCGUGCUGGAACGUUGACGGAAUAAGGGCUUGGUUGGGGAAGGGUGGACUGGAUUACUUGAAACAUGAAAAACCUAAUAUACUGUGUCUACAAGAGACAAAAUGUUCACAAGAAAAGCUCCCCGAAGAGAUUAAGAAUGUUCCGGGAUACCACGCGUACUGGCUGGCCAGCGACAAAGACGGCUACGCAGGCGUAGGCGUUUACACAACAAAAUUAGCUAUGAACGUGCAGUAUGGGCUGCAAGAUGAGGACUUAGAUACGGAAGGUCGAAUAAUUACAGCAGAAUACGAACAAUUCUAUCUAAUAUGUACAUACGUACCUAACGCUGGCCGCAAACUCGUCACUCUUGAUAAAAGAUUGAAAUGGAAUGAAGAAUUUCGAAAGUAUGUUAAAGAGUUGGACAAGAAGAAACCGGUAAUCAUUUGCGGUGAUAUGAACGUGGCGCACAAAGAAAUAGACUUAACAAAUCCGAAAACAAACAAAAAGAACGCCGGCUUCACUGAAGAGGAACGCACAGGGAUGACCGAUCUCCUAGGGGACGGGUUCGUGGACACCUUCCGCCAUUUCUACCCGGAUAAGACGGGCGCAUACACUUUCUGGAGCAACAUGUCCAACAGUCGCGCGAAGAAUGUUGGAUGGCGUCUCGACUAUUUCAUAGUAUCGGAGAGAUUGAAGCCGACGUUGUGCGACAGUGUCAUAAGAGACAAAGUAUACGGAAGCGACCACUGCCCGAUAUCAUUAUUCCUACGUCUUAGUAGCGCUGAUAAGCCUAAAGAGUAAACAUAAAAUUUAACAAAGAAAUUGUACAUAUAGUAUGCGCGAAAUAUCCCGUCCGCUCUGAACGCGAAGCGUAAGGUUACGCCAGUAUCUAUACCUACUAAAUAAUAUCCCAGACAAAUACGCCAGACACUUACCGGUGAAGUUUUUUUUUCUGAUUGUAUAUAUUGUGUUGUGAUUUUUCUGACAGUGCGUAGGCUCCUUAAAUUUUCCUCAUUAAUGGGACAUUAGUGGCGUCACCGGGUGUUUGGGAGAGCGCAGAAGCAUUCCUUGAUAGGAAGGCAGAAGCAUUCCUUGACCGGAAGGCAGAAGCAGAGUAGAUAGGCGGAACGACUCUAAGGGCUAUGAGACCUUUGAGAUUCAAGACUUCGGCUUAGAGGCCCGAUCGGGAAGGGUGUUUUGGCCUGAGUGUAUCAGUCCGAGUGCCCCCGUGAUUGUGAGUUAUAAAGCUUACGUCCGGGUGACCUCAGAUAUCGGGGACCUCGUCUUCGCCGGCGAAGACGCUGUGUAGCUAGUGUUUGUAUUGCCUGGCAAGUCUGCAGUGCGCUUAUAGUGUGGGUAGUUAAAAAAAUGUCGAAAUAUGGAUAAGGAUCUUUUUUCUCUGUGUACAUCCAUUAGAGCGCUGCAGAGUUGACGGUUGACUUGAUUGUGAGUGUCUGGCGCAGUAAGUUAUUAUAGCCUGUGACCAUGUCAGAGUGGACUCGAUGUUUGUCGUAUACUAUACCUACAGAGAACAUUGAACCAAUUUGAUUGUUAUGUUCACACAAAACAUAAUGUAUGUUCAUAAAUAAUAUUUUAUCUAGAGAUAUCAGGGUCAAAUAUGUUGGGGACUAAGAAAAUUUUCUUGUAAGAAAUAGUGAUAUAUAUUUUUCCGAAUAUCUAAUAAACCAGACAAAUAUAUAAAAUAGUUUUUGCUGUUGGAAAAUUAUUUAGAACAUUAUUUUAUCGGUCUUUCCAACUAACUUCAGAGCGUGUUUAUCAAAAAUAUUAACUGGUUUAGUAGAAUUUUUUUAGAAAUGUUCCGAUUUUUAUAAAUACCACAAUAGCGAUAUUCUAAAAUUAGGAAGUUACCAACAAACAAACAUACCUAUUUAAUAAGUAUAAUGGCUGGAUUAGUUAUUAUUUUAGGUUUGGACUGAACCAAUUCAAAAUCUGUAUCCCAAUUAGUAGAUAAACCUAGAUGAUUUGGUCUAAGAUCCGACAUUAGAAAUAUAUACCCUCAUCUGUUAUUCAAUAGUACUAUGAAAUAAUUGAUAGAUAAUUCAGUGACACAUUGCAAUUAAAUUGCGGUCAAACACAUUUUUCAUACAAAAACAUAAACUGGAUCAAAGGCAACCUAAUACAGUAAAAUUAAGCAUACAAUAAGCUUUCAUUUGACAUAUUACACGACUAAAUAACUGAGGGUUUAUACAUAACAUUAUUGUUGUGUGUGAAAGCAGGCAACCUUUACCUUUUCAACUCUUUUGGGUAUAUUCUACUAACUAGUGUACAAUUUGAUUUAAGUAAGCUACAAGGGAAGGAAGGAAGAUUAAGUAAAUACAUUUAACAAAAUAUAUACAUUUAAUACUAUUCGGCCGCAAUUUAACUAGAAAACCCAUGUGCAAUAUGUCAAUGUGAAUAUUUUCUAUCAUUUAUUUUUUAUCCCUAUUAAAUAACAGAUGAGGGUAUAUAUUUAUUGUGCCGGAUCUCGUACUAUAGCCUGGUAACUUCGUUCGUUACACUCCCGAUGGUCCGCGCGGGUCGGGGGGCGUGUAUGAAAAACCCACGACUGAUGCACCUUACUUCCCUGCACGAUUUCACACCCGUAGUCUUUCCCCCGUCGCCCCCAUAUCAUGGGAGUGUCAUCAACGAACGUGUCAGACUAUAACUGCUAUUUGACCUCACCUGACCCUGACUUGUCUGGAUUAACCCUCACG